CAACCUUAGACGCAUAGACAAUCUGGAGUGGUUAAUUACUUUGACAUUUUAAGUAUAGAAUUGACAGUUGUCUUUCAACGGAUUUAGCGGACAUAUUUUGGCGGACACGCGUACGUUGCUAAAUUACGGUUUUUCUAGAAAACAACUAGAUUUCCUUCAUAAUUUACAACUACGAAUUUGAAUUACUAGCGGAAUGAUGGCUGACUCUGCUGAAGUGACAUCAACUCCCACUGAGCUCCUAGGUGUUGGGAGGCGUAACCUGGCAGUGAGAGACUUCAAUGCUGCAGCGGAGGCCCUCGCGAAGGCCUGCGAGUUGCUCGCUAAGGAACACGGAGAUACAGCAGAUCAGUGCGCUGAGGCUUAUCUAUGGUAUGGUAAAGCUCUACUAGGUUUGUCGAGAGAAGAGAGUGGUGUCCUUGGUGAUGGCAUGCCAGGCUCGGGAAAUGCUGAUGAAGAUGAAGAAAAUGAAGAACAAGAUGACAAUGAGGAAAAUGAGGCAGCAGAGCAGAAUGGAGAAUCAUCCAAGAAGGAGAAUGGUGUUGAGCAGAGCGAGGCAGAAUCAACUACAAAAGAGCCGGAGUCCACCACUAAAGACGAGGCAGCUGGUAGCAGCAGCGAGGCCAUGGACCAACCAGAGCCAAGUACCACAAAUGGUGAAGCAAAUGAUGAAUCAACCAUGAAUGUGGAUGGUGAAGACGAGGUGGACAAUUUGCAACUCGCCUGGGAGAUGCUUGACCUGGCGCGCAGCAUCCUGUACCGGCGCGUGCAGGAGGGCGGCGGCGACGCGGCGCGCGCGCUGCUCGCCGACGUGCACCUCGCGCUCGGGGAGGUCGCGCUCGAGAGCGAGACCUACGACAAGGCUGUUAUUGAUAUGCAAAGCUGCCUGGACCUCCAGAAGGAAUUGUAUCGCAGUGACGACAGGCGCAUUGCAGAAACACACUACCAAAUUGGAUUAGCCAACUCGCUUGCAUCAAACUUCGAAGACGCCAUAACACAUUUCAAAAACGCCGCCAACAUCUUGGAGACGAGGAUCAAGAUUCUGGAAAAUCCCACCGCAGCCAACGAAGACGCGACCGUCAAGAAAUUCAAAUCUUCUGAUCCAUUCUAUUCCAUCGAAGGAGAGAUUAAGGAAUUGAAGGAGCUCCUGCCAGAAAUACAGGAGAAAAUCCAGGAUAUGAUGGAUUAUAAAGCAGAGACAAUAAAACGAGUACGCGAAACUCUCUGCCCGUCGAACGGCGAGAGUUCGAGCCACAACGGCGCCGGCCCGAGCUCCUCCGCCAGCUCCGAGCCUAAGCCCGCCGCCUCCGACAUCUCGCAUCUCAUCAAGAGGAAGCGGAAGGCGGAAGACGAAGGAGCCUCGCCUGCCAAGAGGGUGAACACGUGAACAACAAGCGCUGUGGGUCUUAAAAUGAACGAAUGACAAUAGUAUAAUGCGUUCCUUUUCCCGUAAUAGCUGUCUAGUUGACGUUGGACUCUAUGUCCAAAUUUUUUUUUUGUUUUUAAAAAUGGAAUUCGCCAUUUCGGAAUAUUAUCUUGGGCAGCUCAUUGGUACGGCCUCAUAGGUAUGGUGUGCACAACAAGGCAACUUAAACAGAUAUUAUUGUAUAUGUAUUUUAAAAAAAUCGUUCCUGCGUAGAUGGACUGAAUCAGCUAGGUAUUCAAAUAAAUUAUUAUGUUCCAAAAUGCGACUACAUUUCAUGGUCAAUACUAUUAUAGGAAAAGGUGCGUUAGUUACUUAAAAAAUACGUCUUUUAAAUCGAAACAUUUAAUAAAAACGUCUCGUUAGGAUCCAGUAUUGAUUUGAGGUAUAAUGUUGAAAAAUCAUUUUAUAUUCGUACUCAAGAUAUGCAGUGACGAAAUAUGUACGGAUGUUUGUGUGCUCAUUUUGGUUUCCGUGACUUAUUUGUAGGUAAUUUCGAAAUGAUUUGUCAUCUAGAUUAUAAGUAAUGCAGGCUCUGACUAGUUUGGGGGUAAUUCUUACAAAGUAUACCUUUAUGUCGAAAUGAAAGGGGGUGUAGUAUAAAAAGUUUAAUUCUUUAUGCUCGUUGUUCAGUAUCUAGUAUACGGCAUUUGCCUAUUCCAAAUGUAAGACAUGGUCCAUCACUAGCAAUGUUUAAUAUUACGUCCGAAAUAAAAAAAAAUAUUAAUAUCAUCAUCAGCCCCAGGAUGUCUACUGCUGAACAUGGGCCUCCCCCAAAGACUUCCAGAUCGACCUUUUGGAAGCGGCCCGCCUCCAGCGACCUCCUGCGAAUUUUAUGAGGUCAUCUGUCCACCUCGUAGGUGGACGUCCGACGCUGCGCUUGCCAGUUCAUGGCCUCCACUCCAGAACCUUCUUGCCCCAUUGGCCAUUAGUACUGCGAGCUAUCUACCUUGCCUACUGCCACUUUAUUAGUAUGUCAAUGACGAAAUUUCUUUGAUGAGAAUUCCCUCCUGGUCCAUAUAUCUACACUGCCCACUAUUUUUAACAUAAUGCAUGCAAUAUUUAAGAACAUUGUUGGUAUAAAUAAUUUCGAAGUAAUCCUUAUAUGUUAGUUGCUCUUCAUUCAAUUCUACGGUAAUAUUUUGUAUUGUCAAAAGGAGAAUGCCUAAAUCUGCCCUACUUAUUAAAAAGGGGUGUAUGGCCUUGAAAUAUUAAUAAUUUUCGAAAUAUUUGUAGAAAUUUCCUAGAUUCAUUUCACAGACAUCCAUGUCGGGGUUUAUUUUUUCAAUUAAAUGAGACGUUUUUUUAUUUUAUUUUCCAAUCUCUAGGAAAAACAAUUUGUUUAAAAUAAACAUGAACAUAUAAUGUAAAUAUGCGAAAACCCCAUAAUAAGUAAUGAUUAAUGUUUUGUUUGAAAGUACUUUAUUUCUUGUAUUUUAUAUGCAAUUUUCACUUUAAUACAAAAUCAAAUUACGCAGGACUUCCAUACACAGAUGGGCUUUCUCCUUCCGUAAAUUCAUUAAUUUGAUUAGUCAAUCGUAAAUAGCGAAGUUCCAAUAUUAUUUUUCCUUGUUGAUAGUUAUAACUCGUACGUCAUUUUUGUUUCCAUUUCUUAAAGAUCUUUGAUAAGAAAACUUAAUCCAUUUUGAACUUUAGUACUUAUGGAAAUGUCUUAUUUUUAAUUAGUAUUGUAAUUGCACGCAUUAUUUUCUUUGUAUCGCUUUUGCCGUUAAAUAAUAAGCGACAGACUGAAAUUAGCCCCAAUAAGUAGAUAUAUGCUAUAAGAUUGUAUAGAAGUUAUUUGAUUAGUAUCACUCGUAAAGAUUUAUGGUGGAUGGGCUAGAGAUCUGUUUCAACAACUUAUUAUUUUUUUUUAUUUGGAAUUAUUAUUAAACUGUUUUCCAACUCAUCUGUAAUUAUAAUAAAUUGAUUAAGGAUUUAAAAGGGGUCGUAGUCAAGACGCCUUUCUGCAAUCGUUAAUAUCAAAAGAAAAUAAUAAUAUGUAUAGAUAUGCCAUAUGUAUCAUAAGUCUGUUGCUAGCAUAAUUUGGCACUGCCUUAGAACUAAAGUGACGUAACCCAAAAUGUAUAUAUUUUCUAAUUUUGUUAAUAAUCUACUUUCCAAAGCUUGCUCUAUAACCCUAUGACGAGAAAAAGGCAAAAAAUAGAAAGAGAUUCUUCCUUUGGCCGUGACCGCCCAAUUAACUGCCUUUUAUAUUUUUUAUUAGUUUCUCACAAAUUGUCUUUUUGUGUAAGAUCAUCUUAGUUCUAAGGGUGCGAUAUGAGACUCCCUUAGACACUUUUGUUUUCUAUUAGCAUAAAUGAUUGUAGGAAGGCGUUUUGGUUACGGCCACAGGUCAGAAAUACAAUACGUUCUAGUGUAUCGGCACAAAAUGUAGGACAAUUAUUAGCCUAAAUCAUUGAUCUGAAUGUUGGUAAUUAUUUAAAUAUUUUGCAUGGUAGGCCACCAGUAUCAUUGCACUUAUACUUGUUAAAAGGAAAUGUACCACAAAAUCAUUCAAGUUGUAUGUUGAAUGCAUAAUUAAACAUACAACAUACAUUCAGGAUAUAAUAUUCUUCAAAAGGGUGUAUAAUUUUUCAGUAAUUUUACAUUCAUUUCCAUUAAUAGAUUUAAGAUUUUUGUGUUGCUAUUUCUAUUGAAUUUGACUAAGUCAAUACACAUUUUUUUUAUCGCACUUAAUUGAUUACGCUUUUGUUAGUUUUAGGAAAUCGUUAGAUAAAACCCAAACGUACAAUUAGAUAAAUCAAUUAACGUUGGUAAUUAGCUGUUAGAACAUUCACAAAUGUUGGUCGAUUGCGACAUACCGCCGUUUUCAAUAACCAAUCCCAAUCGCUUUUUUUCGAUCUAUUUUAAAAUUGACCAAUCAGAACAAAGAUUUUUGUGACUUACAAAUGAGUUCUUUUGCUUGGUUCAUUGUCGGAAUCGGAUUGAAGAUUGAGAUCUUUUAUUGAAAACGUCUGUUAGUUAAGAGGAUUUAAUAAGUUGAUACUGUUAGGUUAUAUUGUUAAUUUAUGUAAUCGUAUUUUAAUCUCCAACUUUUAAUAAAAUGUAAUUUUCAUAA